CGCCAUGGAAAAUUUGUCAAUUGUUCUUUGUUUAGAUCAUCGCAUUUGAGCAGCAAAUUCAAAUAUGUCGAUUUUGCAGGCCAGCAAAAUCGGCCAGUUUAUCAGCUUUAAGAACUUACGUCCAUUGCUGCAUCAAACUCGUUGCUGGGCCAAAGCUUCAAAUGACGACAACAAAUCCCCGGCUCAACCGGUCGCAAGGGAGAAACGGUCUAAGGAGCUGGACCUGACGUUCAACAAUCCCGAGGAAGCGUUCAGGAGCAAAACAUCAGCAGAAUUGGUACGAGCCUAUGCAGUUUAUACGCUUUGUUCGGUGAACUUCAUUGUGAACCACAACAUGAUGUUGAUGAAGCUGUGCAGGAAACUCUUGGGCGAUACGAUAUUCACGAAACUGAUGAAGGCGUCAUUCUACGGACAUUUUGUGGCCGGUGAAGAUCAGGUCGCAAUUGGUCCAGCCAUAGCACGGAUGAAGCAGUUUGGCGUCGGAUCAAUUUUGGAUUACUCGGUCGAGGAAGAUUUAUCUGAAGAGGAGGGACAAAAGCGUGGCAGGGAGGGAUUUUCGACAGACGGCAAAAUUGUCGCGGAUGAGUUAAAAGACCUGCCUCAGUACACGGUGGAUAAGAUCAGUCUCGAUCGCAGAUAUAAGGUGUCCAGUGCCCGAGUUUACUUUUACGAAGACGAGCGAGCUUGCGAUCGGAACAUGGAGAUAUUUUUGCAGUGUUUGGAUACGGUUAAGAAGACUUCUCCAGGAAGCGGGAUCAUGGCCAUCAAAAUGACGGGUUUGGGCAAACCCAAUCUGCUGCUGCAACUUUCGGCCGUCAUCACCAGGGCUAGGAACUACAUGACGGAAUUGGGCGGAGGCUCCGGCAAUGUUCUGAUGCAUCAAAAAACAGUCAAAGAUUUGAAACGCUAUCUUAAAGGUGCGGCAGAUCAAGCUGAAAUCAAAAGUUUCCUCAAACAAAUGACGAUUAAUAAGGGUAGAGUCGUUCAUUUAUUUCCGUGGUCUGGAAUUAUCGAUGAAAAAUACGAACUCAGCAAAACAUUUCGGGUACCGGACCCGACAACUGGACAAAUGAGACGAUUGGUUUCACAAAUUCCUCCCGAAGAAGAAGAAAAGUUCCGAAACAUGAUCCGAAGGUUAAAUACCAUUAUCAAAACAGCAAAAGAGGCCAACGUUCGAGUGAUGGUAGAUGCCGAACAAACUUACUUCCAACCGAUCAUAUCUCGGAUAACGGUUGAAAUGAUGCGAAAAUACAACACUGAAAAACCGAUCGUGCUCAACACGUAUCAAUGCUAUUUGAAGGAAGCUUUCCGAGAAGUCAGCGCUGAUCUGGAACAGGCUCAACACCAAAAUUUUUACUUCGGUUGUAAAUUUGUCCGAGGUGCUUACAUGGACCAGGAAAGAGAACGAGCCAAAACGCUCAACUACGAAGAUCCCAUCAAUCCUGACUACGAAGCCACAACGGAAAUGUACUUCAAAAAUAUUCGAGAAGCUUUCAGUCGUAUCAAAGCUUUGAAGGAGUCCGGAAAAGAUCCCCGCCGGAUUUCGAUUACAGUUGCUUCACACGACGAGGACACGGUCCGAUUUGCGAUCCAAGAAAUGAAGAAGAACGGCAUCUCCCGGAAGGACAACGUUGUCUCCUUCGGGCAGCUGUACGGAAUGUGUGAUUACAUAACCUUUCCGCUGGGCCAAGCUGGUUACCCGGUCUUCAAGUAUGUUCCGUACGGUCCGGUUACGGAAGUGCUGCCUUACCUUUCGCGAAGGGCGGCCGAAAAUAGAGGCGUGCUGAAGAAGAUCAAAAAGGAAAAAAGUCUGCUGCUGACAGAAAUCAGGCGGAGACGGUCUUCUGGCCAAUGGUCUUACGUGCCCAAAGCCUAGCGGAAACGCAAUUACUUAACACUAAAUUUAAAACACGAAUAAA